AUGUCUGAAUUUAGUUUCGAUAAUGAGACUAUUAUUGAAGAUAUACAAUCGCAAAGCUCAAAUUCUGUUUCAAAUAGUAAAAACAAAGGCGGUCGUCUUAAAUUUACUAUUUGGAAACACUUUAUUGAAAUUAAAAAACCCAAUGAUAUUCAUUCUGGCGCUAAAUGCAACUACUGUAACAAAACUUGGAAGCGAGGAAAACCUAUACAAAUGGAAAACCAUCUUGCACGUCUUUGUACAAAAGUUCCUUCAAAUAUUCGAACUGAAACUCUUGAAAGUAUAAGAGGCAAACCAUUACCAGCAACUCGCAAAAGAAAGUUAGAUGAUAAAAUAGAACAACUUAAUGAUGAUAUUUCAAUCGAUAAAAGCAAAAUAGCUCGAUAUAAUUUUGAAGGUUUUGAUCAAGAAAAGGAGGAAGAAAUUGAUCACGGAACAACAGAAUUUGAUAUUGAUACAAUGUUAGAUAAUGCAGAUUUAGAAUAA